AACAAGUCUUUUUUAAACGUAACAUUUUGUGUAUAAAUAGGAGUGUUUUACUGAUAUACUGCGCUGUAAAGAGACUGAGGUUUACUCAAAAUGUUUCGUAGAAUUGCAAUGCUUGUUAUCCAAGAACAAAUCCGACCGACAAAGUUCGCUCGUAAAUGGCGACGAAAGGCAAAGACGAAAACAAAAUUGGAAUCUUCCCUAAAAGAAGGUGAAACUAGGCUAAAGUGUGUGAAGCCGAAGAUGCUGACGAAAUCAAAUUCAUUUAUAACGAAAGGACCAGUGAAGUUAACUACGAACACAUCAUCAGAAACAUCGGUGCCCACUGUUUCUACAUUUAAUAAAUCUUCCUCCAAAUCAAACACACCUCGUGCACCAAAGAAAGAAAAAGUCAAGUAUUCUAAUGAAAUAUUUGAUGACGUAAUGGCAGAAAUUAAAAAGUACGCUAAAAUAAGUGAAACAAAAUCACAACCGGAUCCUAUUCCAAAUGCUUUGAUGUUUGAUCUGGGCGGAAGUCAUGCCUCACAUGAAGACGUGUACCAUCAACUGAAACUUCUGUUAUUCUCAAACAAAGAGUGUCGCAUGAAAUCUCUCCAGUACUUUCCAAUGUCUUUCAGAUGGAUCAUUUUAUUAGAUAGUCAGAAAUCACGUGAUGUGCUAGCUGGUAGCGUUAUAAUCGUAAAUGGCAUCCGAGUAACAUUGAGACGUUACGAUGAUAUUAUUGCACUGGAAUAUAAAAAGUCUUCGAGAGCAAGUGGGUUUAUUGAUACUGUGAAAGGCUACUAAUUGUCACACUUCUGGUGUAGUUAUUACUAUAUGAUGGGCGCGAGAUACUUAAUCAGACUUUAGUGCCUCAAAUUACUAAUUUAUCCAUGGUGCACAGACGCACAGAGACUUGUCAGCACAUUAUACAGGCACAUACACAAUUAUUAACUAUGUAUUACUUUCGGAUACCUCUCUACUACUAGACGUACUACUAGACGAACAUUUCCUUAUAUGACCGCACUAUGUUCUAAAGACAAGUCUAUAUGUUAAUCUGAUACAUUUUAUAUUUUGUGUCAGACCCUUUUCAGACUAUCUGGAUGUUGUUUGU